UGCCCGUUGCCCAGUUAACAGAGGGCACCGUUUACUUUGCCUGCUAAUUUUCUCCUACUUGUGCAUGGACUGUACCAAUUUCAUACAAGGGCACUCUAUUUUUUUCAUUAAAGAAACCCAAGAUCCAUCUCAACUGUUUUCCUUCAUACACAAACAAAGAACGUUAUCGUAAAUCAACUUCUACUCUCUCUACACUCGAGUAUUACUCUCUCAGACGAACGCCUCUACUUCACAACUUCUCACAACACUUUCAUCAUGUCAGCCAAGGUUCUCGCCGAUAAGGACGUCAACGCUCCCAUGAUUGAGCAGCCAGUUACCAAAGACGUUAAGAGCAUGGAGUAUCAUCGCCAGGUUCUCCAGUCCAAGAUGGCUGAGGAAGAGACUGCCAACAAGUACGUCUCGCCUUCAGACAACAUCAUGAGCCCUUGCUCUGCAAAGAUCAAUGCUCUACGAAACAAGCACGCCAGCAAGGCUAAGCCUAAGUCCUUGUUCGCCCAAGCGAGCGCUAAGAAACUCCAGGGCGACAAUCCCUUGGGGGCAAAGCCAGCACCAGCCAAGGCCGGUUUCCAGUUGUAAGAGAAUCAACAAUAUGUCUCUUCUUUCCGGAUAAAACAUGUCCACAUUUCAUGGAUACGGCUUUUGCUUUUGCUGGCUAUUGACUACUAGCCAAUGGUGUUUAUUAAACCGCUGGAGGUCAGGUUAAGGGCGUUAGGGGUUCACUUGACGUACACAUACACACAUUGUAUUGGUGAUACAGGUUACGGAAACUUUGGCUUGAUGAUAUGACGCGAUGACAGGGUUUGGCUUGCCUUUCUUUUCUGGUGGCCGGUUUAUGUACGGAUUUUAACAAUGAAGCUUGUCUUUGAAUUCUAAACUUGAACGAAUGAAACCGAGUGUAGUAAUGAUUUUUUGUUUUGGCUUCACGAGGCUUGCACAUAUAUCUAAGCCUUCCAAGCACUGACGAUAUACACUACAUCUUCAUCCGCCACAGGGUGUGCCAGACCAACUCUUUGAGGAACAUGUCUUGCGCUAGCACCCCAUACCAGCGCAUACUUGAACGUGUCCUUCAGAGUCCUGUGAAUGCGGUCACAGACAUCCUCGAUUGUGCUGUUACUGCGCACAAUCAACGCCUCACCAAAGUCUGGUUCAGCACCCUUGCGUUUGGUGUAAAUACGGAUCAGCUUGAGCUCUUUCCAACAUCUGUCCACAACAUCCUGGAUACCCAGGUCCAGCUCACAGCUCAUGACAACUGUAUGAUCCUCGCGUGCUAGCUUGUCCAAGAAGUCAAGCGAGACACUGUCAAUCUUGUUGUAGACGUACAGACACUUGAUGUACUUUCGAUGGUCCUUCAUGAUAACAUCAAUGAAGUCGUCGACUGUAGCGUUCUCAUCACGGACAAGAACC